AUGUCCACCAGCGAUAGCCGCCCAGCAUCUUCCAGCCUCAACCUUGCCAACCUCCUUCGUGACGCCAUGACUGCUCCCACUGCCACCCCGCCAGUCAACACCGUCAACACCACCACCAAAAUCACCUACAAGCCCAACAUCAUGAAGCCAGCCACAUCUGCGGACUUGAGCAUCCUGGACCUCAUCUCGGACUCCGACAACUCGUCCAUCGAGAUCUACAAGAUGUACCGCCACAAGAACUACUUGCCCCACAACCAGCGCAUCUCCAACAUCGCCUGGCGCAUCCAGAACCGCAAGAUGGUGUCGAAAGACGUUUCCACCGCGCCCAAGCCCAAGCAGCGAGCGCACUCCAUCUCCAAGCCCACCCCCUCGUUCAAAAAGUCCACCUUCAACGACCCCAACUUGGACGACUUCGACUACGUGGCCCACAUCCGCAGAAUCAGCCAGGAGGAGUUCAUCCAGGCCAAUCCUGGCGCCUCCUCCGAGCCCGGAGCGCCUCCUGUGCCCUCGAUCAAGAACGAGCUUUCCUCGCUCUUGGACCAGGCACCACUCUCCCACGCCCUAGCUAAGUCCCACUCCACCGGCUCCCAGCCGUCCCAGCCUCCCUCAAACAACCAGUUCUUGUCCUCCUACAUCACCUCGCUCGAGUCCACCUUGUCCAACAACUACCCCUCAGAUAUCACCUCUGAGUACCUGCAUUCCAGCACCUCCAAGGUGCCAGCCUCCGACGCCAGAUCGCCUUCCAGCGUGUCGGGGGUCAAAAAGGUUCUCCAGUGUAUCAACUGCCACACCAAGACCACCCCGCUCUGGAGAAAGUCAAACAAUGGCGACUUGUUGUGCAACGCCUGCGGACUCUUCUACAAAUUGCAUGGUAUCUUGAGGCCCUUGAAUAAUAACAAGACCUCCACCGACAGGGCACCACAGAACAACACAGCAAACCCGGCCAACCGCAUGAACAACCUUGCCCCAGGAUACCAAAACAGAAGCAACGGAAGGAAUAACAACGACAUGAUGAAUCUAGACUCCUUUCUUGAAAUUUCCAAUACUAGCACCACGAAUACCACGAACACCACAAACACCACCACCAGCAAUACCAUCAACACAGAGUACACCUCACCUUCAGCAUUCUCAAUGGGACCUUCAGGCAUACUGAACACCACGGUUAACAACAUAGACGAGAUCGACAAAUUAUUGAAUUUGAACUUGUUCCAGUCAGACUCUUUCCAGGUCGAGAAUAAUGGGAACCACCAAUCGCAGCCGCCUCAGAACAGCCAUAACAUGCGUCAAAACCAACAACUAAACAACCACUCUCAAGGGGCCGCAAAUAACCAACUCAACGAACUAAACCAACUCUUCAAUAGUAACGACAACACUGGAAUUGCUCCAGGAAUGGAUGGUGUCAACGACGAGAUAUUGUUUGGCGAUCCCAUCAGCGCAUAUACCCCAGGAACAGGUAAUAAUGGGGACCCAAGCUGGAAUUGGUUGGACUUCAGCCCUGCCGCAACCAACAGUUGA